AUGACUUCUCUAUAUGCUCCCGGAGCAGAUGAUAUUAGGCAAAGGCUGCGUCCUUUUGGGUUUUUCUUUGAGAAAACAUUGAAAGAUCUGAUUAAGGGUAUUAGGUCUCAUAACGAGACACCAGAAAAACUGGACCAAUUUUUCACGCAAGUAUUAAGUGAAUGUCGAGAUGAAGUAAACUCUCCAGAUUUGAAUUCUAAGACGAAUGCCGUUCUCAAAUUGAUCUAUUUGGAGAUGUAUGGCUUUGAUAUGGCUUGGUGCAACUUUCAUAUUUUAGAGGUUAUGAGCAGUAAUAAACUACAACAAAAACGUGUUGGUUAUUUAGCUGCAUCACAAUCAUUUUACAAAGAUUCCGAUAUUUUGAUGCUUGCAACCAACUUACUAAAAAAAGAUCUGAAGUAUGAUGGGAAUAAUGAUGUUGUGAAAGUUGGCAUUGCUUUAAGCGGUCUUUCUACCAUAAUCACUCCCUCAUUAGCAAGAGAUAUAGCUGAUGAUUUAUUUACCAUGCUGAAUAGUACCAGGCCAUACAUAAGAAAGAAGGCAAUAACAGCAUUAUUUAAGGUUUUUCUACAAUACCCUGAAGCUUUGAGAGAUAAUUUCGAUAAGUUUGUUUCCAAGUUAGAUGAUGACGAUAUAUCUGUGGUUUCUGCAGCUGUGAGUGUCAUUUGUGAACUUUCGAAAAAGAAUCCUCAACCUUUUAUCAAACUUUCACCUCUAUUGUAUGAAAUCUUAGUCACGAUUGACAAUAAUUGGAUAAUUAUUAGAUUACUAAAGUUAUUUACUAAUUUAUCACAGGUGGAGCCAAAAUUGAGAGCAAAGCUAUUACCAAAAAUUCUCGAAUUGAUGAAUAGUACUGUUGCAACUUCUGUUAUCUAUGAAUCCGUCAACUGUAUUGUCAGGGGGAAUAUGUUGGAAAAUGAUGACUUCGAAACGGCAGUUGCAUGCUUAGAAAGAUUGUGUACCUUUUGUGAUUCACCAGAUCCAAAUUUGAGAUAUAUUAGCUGCAUACUAUUCUACAAAAUUGGAAAAAUCAAUACUGAUUUUAUUUCUCGAUUCGACAAACUGAUCAUCCGCUUAUUAUCUGACGUUGACGUCUCUAUUAGAUCAAAGGCAAUUGAACUAGUUGAAGGCAUUAUUGAUGAAGACAACUUGAAGGCUGUUGUUCAAACACUGAUGAAACAAUUUGUGGAUGAAGAUAUGGUCAUCCUGCAAACUGGAAAUGUUGUAUACGAAAGAUCGAAGAGAAUUCCCAUCAUAAUACCAGAAAAUUAUAAGAUAAAAAUGAUUAACACUAUUAUAUCGAUUUGUUUUGUUGAUAAUUAUUCAAAUGUCAACGACUUUGAAUGGUACAACGCACUGAUGAUGGAUUUGACGAUGCUUUGCCAAGAUAUAUCUGAUAAAACGCUUGGAUACAAGAUUGGUGAACAAUUCAGAAACUUAAUGAUAAAGGUUCCCUCAAUGAGGGAAGUAACUAUCACUAACAUUAUAAAACUCGUUUCGAAUGAUAGCAUUAAUAGGCAGCUAUCUACCAUAUUAAGGGAAUGUAUUUGGUGUCUUGGAGAAUUUUCUACUUUUAUUGAAAAUGGUGACGAUCUGAUAAAAGUAAUGAUCGGAAACUCCGGUUACUAUUCUCAUGAUGUGCAGGAAGUGUUGAUUUUAGCACUUGUCAAAAUCUUUAGCACUUGGUGUAAUAACGUACGUGAGGAUAAGGACAUUGAAAUUAAGCUUAUAUUAAAGAAAUUAAUCGAAUUUUUCGAUAAUUUAUCUUACUCAAGUACAUUUGAAGUCCAAGAAAGAAGCGUUGAAGUUCUAGAAUUCUUAAAACUGAGUGGAGAGGCUCUAGAGAAGGAUUCAGAGGGUCUUCCCAUGUUAUUGAGCGAGGUUCUACCGAGCUUCUUUAAUGCGUACGAACUCGCACCAAUUGCACGUGGUACACAACUGAACUUGGCAAUAGGCGAGGAUAUUGACCUGGAGACUCCUUUUUUGACUAAGGAAGAGACUGAUGUAUUGUUAGACGGUCAAAAGACUGAUUCGAUGAGUGACCUGGUUUCGGAUACAUCAAUGGAUGAACAAGCUGAGCCAGGAUUUAUUAAUGACUCAGAUACUUCAUAUGAAGAGAAGGAACCAUUGAACGAUUCUGACAAUCCUUUUGAGGUUGAGAGAAAAAAGGAACGUAUGACAAAUCCCUAUUACCUUGGUGAAGAAAAUGAAGAAGAAACUCAUAAAUCGAAAGAUUUAUUGGAUUUAGAUGAAGGGAAUACUGCUGGGGGUAAUCCAGAGACUAUUAGAUUGAAUAAGCCUGAUAAUACUUUAAAUUCCUUGAGUGUAUCCACUGUCGAGAAAGAUAAAAAAAAGAAGAAGGGCAAGAAAAAGAAGAGAGUGCAAGUCCUAUCCGAUCAACCUGUCAUUGAAGCUGCUCCAAAAAAAAAAGAUGCAUUUCAGAAACUUCACGGUAAUCAAACAGCUCUUACGCCCUCGAAGAAAGAUAAAAUUAACUUGAGAAUGCAUUCUCAACUUGAAAAUUUUGACUUUUCCAAUUUUGGGCCAUCGAGCAGCGCAGUAAAUGAAUCGCUGCAAGAGGGCAAAAUGAGGGAGGAAGACGAGUUAGAACUAAACCGUCUGGAAGCUAAGCUCAAUGUGCAGGGUGAAAAAAAUAACUUAAGUGAUCCUGAAGCAGUUAUAAUCAUAAAAAAAAAGAAGAAAGGGAGAAGGACAAAGUCAAAAACCAAAAUAAAACCAAGGGCGGAUAAUUCUCCUGGACCAAAUGAUCUUCUUCGAGACCAUAGCAGCACAGACAUAUAA